AUGCCUGUCGGCCGUCGGAAAUUGGCCGUCUUCAUCGGAGCUGUUGCUCUGCGACUGUUGCUCAUUGUCACCUUCCCCUCGUUACCAGACCUCCUGACAUCGCGAGUCGAGGUGUCGACGCCAAUUAGCAGCUUCAAAAGACUGCAAGAAGGUCUUUUCCUAUAUACUCGCAAUGUAUCCCCAUACGAUGGCGGUGUUUUCCACCAGGCGCCACUUCUCCUCCCAAUCCUAUCAUUACUUCCUAGUGCGAAUUCGUAUCCUCUCGUUACCAAUAUUUUCUAUGCCGCCAUUGACCUGUUGAACGCCAACGCGUUGGUUCACAUUGCGGACUCGAGCGAAUCCAUCACGGGACGCUUCCAUAGCACGCUGCGCAAGACAAUUAGAUGGGAUGGGGUAGCUAUUGCUGCAUGGUACUUGUUUAACCCGUUCGUGAUCUCCACUUGUCUCGCGCGAUCGACUACGAUUUUCACAAAUGCGUCUAUUCUAUACGCGAUUUCGAAUGCCGCCAAUGGAAACAAUGUCAAUUCCAUGAUUGCUCUUGCAUUUGCAUCCUACCUGUCUCUCUAUCCCGCACUUCUCUUCCCGCCGUUGGUCCUGCUCUGCUAUGACCGCUUGGUGGCUGCGAAGAAGUCCGAGCCUGGGGUAGUAGGCUUUGUGCUUGCGCGAUUUGGAAUAUUCAUGGCCUCCGUAGCUGUGCUUCUGGUAGCCUCGUUUGUUGUCACUGGAUUCUCAUGGCAAUUCGUUUCAGCGACCUACGGCGCCCACCUGCUCGUCCCUGAUCUUACUCCGAAUUCCGGUCUGUGGUGGUACUUUUUUAUCGAGAUCUUUGACUCGUUCCGCGAGUUCUUCCUCGGUGUAUUCUGGCUACACCUGGUCGGCUAUGUGGGAGGCCUGACGAUUCGACUAAGACGACAGCCUUUGUUCGUCAUCACAUCCUUGAUCGGUAUUUUUGCUAUUUUCAAGCCGUAUCCUAGCAUUGCCGAUGUUUCAUUGUAUCUGGCGCUUUUACCCUUGUACCGACAUCUUUCACCGUUGACGCGUUAUACAUUUUUCGCAGCAGCCACGAUGCUCUAUGCGACUCUGCUAGGCCCGGCAUUUUAUUACCUGUGGGUUUAUGCAGGUUCCGGAAAUGCCAACUUCUUCUAUGCCAUAACCUUAGUGUGGAGUCUUGGUCUUACAAUUCUAGUGGCCGAUUACAUAUUCGCUGCGCUCCGGGAUGAGUGGGAAGAAGAUCAUCCAGACAUGAAGGGCAAAGAAGUCCGACAAAUUUAA